AUGCGGUUCAGCAACCUGAUCGCCGCGACGGCUGGCUUCUUUUCGUAUCAUGUUUCGGCCCUCGCCCCCGUGGACCUGUCUCCCCGCAGUCUUGAGGCUCGCGAGUACCAGAUCAGCGAGUUUGAGAAGCGCUUCAUUGACACCAUCGAAUGGGAACACUCCAACCAAACCGUGAAGCUGUCGAAGCCAAUCAUAUGGGGAGUUCCCCUUCACGACAAACUACACGGCGACUGCCACGUCGUCGGCCGGUACCAGACCGACCAGGUCCACGGCACCGAGAUGAACUUCAUCGACAACGGAAUCGUUUACCUCCGCGAGCCGGCGGCGCCCGUGCGGGUGUACGGAGAAGGGCAGAACAUCCUCAUGUACGACUUUGGCUGGAGGGAGGGCGCGCACGCCCACGGACACGACGACCACGGCCCGAGCCACGGGCGCAUGAAGCGCGAGAAAAAGGGCGGCUCGUGCAAGCAAAACCACGGAGGCAAGACGUGCUCGCAGGUGUACAAGAUCAACCACGGGCGUUGCCGCCGCGAUCACAGCAGCUGCAUCGACUACAACGGCUGGCGGCCCAACUGCAAGAAUAAGAGUGACAAGUGGGCGUUCCCUGGGAGCGAUUGCUACACGGCCGUUGCUCGGGGCCACUGCUGGAACGAGAUUCCGAAUUGA